AUUAUCCAGUUUCCCUAUCAACUUCCACAUCUUCUCAUUCUUGUUUAUACUUUACUUAACCCCACACAAGCACACUCGCACAAACCCCGCAUCCCCAGAAAAGAAGCAUGGUGAAGUGGAAACUUGUGGCGGUUUGCUCCGUCGUCGCCAUCUUGGGCCUCUUAUCUGCUGCCACUGCUUUCGCUGCUGAGGCUACCAGGAUCAGGGCUUCUCAAGUUCAGUUUGUUACUGCUGUUCAAUGUGAAUAUCCCCGAACACCAGCUUUACCACUUGGUUUAACUUCAGUGCUGGCUCUUAUCAUAGCACAAAUAAUAUUGACUGUUGCAAAUGGGUGUUGCUGUUGCAGAAGAUCCCCUGCAAUCUCAGAUGCCAAUUGGAGAUGUGUAGUUCUCUGCUUUGUUCUCUCAUGGUUCACAUUCGUUAUUGCAUUCCUCCUGUUGCUGACUGGUGCUGCCCUCAAUGAUCAACAUGGUGAAGAGAGCAUGUACUUUGGCAACUACUACUGCUAUGUUGUUAAACCCGGUGUAUUUUCGGCUGCUGCAAUCUUAUCCCUUGUAAGCAUUGCAUCGGGUAUCGCCUAUUACCUUACCUUGUGGGGUAACUCGUCGUAUCCUAAUCAAGGUGGCAUAGCAAUGGGACAACCACAGUUCCCGCCGCAGACCAGUCAAGAUCCUGUGUUUGUACACGAGGACACAUAUGUGAGACGGCAGUUCACAUGAUUGGUCCGGCACCUUUCAUUCUUCACCAAGAUCUUCGUGUAUAUACAUGUUAAACUCAGUUUUCUAAGAUAAACUUGGCAUGGUGAAUUAGUUGUUGUGUUCUAUAUAGGUGGUGUUUUAUAUGAUAGUUGUGUAUGCCUGAAUUAGAGGAUUAAAGUGUCCAACUAAAACAAAAGUGCUACAUGGGGGCAUUAAUUGUUAGAGCUAUCGUUUUUGUGCUGCUUUUUUUCA